UCUGUCAAUUCUACUUACUGUCAUGUUGUGAUCGAAUGUGGUGUGAGCUGUGUUUAUACUCGGCAUUAAAUUUAUUUUGUUGACAUUUAGACAAAUACUAUAUUAAUUACUACACAAUGAGAUAUAAUAUUAUAUUAUUGACAUUGUCAUCAUUGUUUAGUAACAGUUUAGCACUAUGGUGUUAUCAGUGUACUGCAGCAACGCCAGGAUGCUUGGAACCCUUUAACUGGCGCGGCGUUGGCUACCUCGGCAAUCCAUGCCCGGAAGCUGAAGAUAUUUGUGUGAAACUUAUUGAAAGGAAAGGAGCACAAGAAAUCAUCACAAGAGAUUGUUUAAGCAACUUUAGGGCUUUCCGGACUGAUAUUCCAGCUGAUACAUAUGAAGGUUGCCGGCCUGCAGCAAGAGAUGUGAACUUAGCUAACUAUGUAAAUAACACUAUAAAGGAACUUGAUAUCAAAAGGGACUGGUAUGACGAAACAGUUUGGUGUUUCUGCUUCCUCGAUCACAGAUGUAACAGUGCAUCGAAUCUGUCAACAAUGGUGUUACUAAUCCCGUCAUGUAUUGUGUUUUUAUUCACAAAAAUGAUGUUCUGAUGUCCGCUAGAGGCCACGUAUACUCAACCAAAAACAUUAGUAAGUUGAAAAGGUUUUUCAAAUGAUAUAGAUAGGACGAUGUAGAAGUAUAUAAUGACUCCUCUGACUAUCGUGUCAAAGGGAGAAUUGAUAUUGUUGUAGUUACAGAAUUUAAAAUCAGACAUUAACUUUAUUUGUAAAGUAAAGUGCAAUAAGACCAGUUAUUAGUAAUAAGUGAACAACAAUAUCAUGUUACAAGCAGCAUUUAGUUAUUAGUUUACAAUCAUACAGUAUGAGAAUCUCAUUUUCACUAUGAAACACAAGUUAGUAACUAACUUUAACUUUUUAUUAGCUCUGUUCUUUUAUUGAAUCUUUACAAGCUUUGCUUAAUUUGAGACUAGAUGGCGUUGUGUGAAUAUUGUCCGACAUUGACCAACAAUUAUACAAGAUCUGAUAUCUUUUACAAAGUACUUAUAACUUUAUUUUAAGCAAUAUUUUUUCUUUCAGCAAUUAUUUUGUGAUGUAUAUAUGUGCAUUUAGAGUAUUAUUUCCUGAUAUAAAUCAUUUUUACUUUAAAUAAUGAUUAAUAUUGCAAACUUGCUUCUCUAGUUGUUUGCUAAUGUCAUAAUUGAUUCCGUCCAAUAAUAGUUAUAAUACUAGCUUUAAGUGAUGCAAGUGCCUCUUUGAACAUUGUUCGUAAUAUAAGACUGUAGUAUUGUUACACAAACUGCUUUACAAUAUUCUGUAAUUUGUUUUUACACCGUUUUAUGCAAAAUUAAAUAUGUUAGGUUGAAAAUACCUAAGUUAUAAUCAAAUGAUUUAUGAAACAAGUAUUUUGUAGUAUCAGAAAAAAGCAAUAAAUCAAUUUCAAAU